AUUGCGGGGCGGCCGCGGCCAUGGCCGGGACCCUGGUGGCGGUCGGGCUGACCAUCGCGGCGGCGGGCUUCGCAGGUCGUUACGCGCUGAGAGCCAUGAAGCAAAUGGAGCCCCAGAUGAAGCAAGUGCUGCAGAACCUGCCCAGAGCGGACUUCAGUGGUUAUUACAGAGGUGGAUUUGAACCCAAAAUGACUAAACGAGAAGCAGCCUUAAUACUAGGAGUGAGCCCUACAGCCAACAGAAGUAAAAUUAGAGAAGCUCAUAGACGAAUCAUGCUUCUGAAUCAUCCAGAUAAAGGUGGUUCUCCAUAUGUAGCAGCCAAAAUCAAUGAAGCUAAAGAUUUACUGGAAGACCAAGCUAAAAAAUGAAUUGGAGAUAAAAUCAGAGGGUUUGCUUGUAUAAAUGAUUGUUUGUUAUAAACAGCUUAAGGCAAGUACGAAUCUCUAUCAGUGACUUGAUACAAAUGAGGCUUGAAAAAUUAAUCAGGGGAGAUACAUUCCUCUGUGCUCGCUUCUUAGUCACUUUUGGGGAAAUGUGAGGGAGUGAAGCUUAAGGUUUUUUCAGAGCUGUUCUUCAGUAAACGAUUAAAGCUGCCACUCAGAAGUAUUUUCUACAUAGAAGAGCAGUAGUUUGGCUUGGCCAAUUCUUCCUGCAUGUUACCAGAUGCUGACAUGCUGUUACCUAAUUUUUGUUAAACUAGUUACGUUGAAAUUUGUGCUGCUAUUCUGUCAUAUGCCAAAGUUAGCAUGAUGAAAGAGUGUGGGAAGGGGUAGAAAAGAACAGUAAUUACUUAACAAAAAGCAGUAGGAGAGAGAUGUGGUUGUUUCUGGAUGAAGAAAUAAAGUGUAAGAAACUGAACGUA